AGGCGUGGUUUCCCGAGGAGGCAGUGCGCUCUCCUCCCGUCUACCCUUGCAUACCGCCUGGCUGUCACAGCAGCAGCAGCAGCAGAAGCGAUCCAUCCUCCGCAGCGCUUCACCUUUGCUCAGUGUACUUCCUUACAUCCCGGCAGACAUGGAGCUGUUCUCGCCCUCCGUAUUCCGCGCCUUUGCGCUUUAGCCGUGCGCUCCCGAACCAAAGCACGGCCGGGCAGAGCGACAGGCACCAGCGUUAUAUUCUCUUGGUCCAGCAAGAGAGAGCUCACGGUAGAGAGGAGGGGAGUCCAGAGAGGAGGACCACACGCUCGGUCGUGACAGCAGAGGCCGUUCUCGGAUAUUUGGCAAACUAAGAGUGGCUUCUUUUUGUUGUUCUCCAUCAUGGCGUGUGACUCUCCAGCUCAGAGCCAGUUUGAAAUCGACCUGUCGGCUUUGAAGGAUCCUUCGGGCAUCUUUGACCUGGUUGAGCUGGUAGGAAAUGGCACCUACGGCCAGGUGUACAAGGGUCGCCAUAUUAGGACAGGGCAGUUGGCAGCCAUCAAGGUCAUGGAUGUCGCUACGGACGAGGAGGACGAGAUCAAGUCUGAAAUCAACAUGCUGAAGAAGUACAGCAAUCACAGGAACAUCGCCACUUACUUUGGAGUAUUCAUCAAGAAGCAACCUCCUGGCAUCGAUGACCAGCUUUGGCUUGUCAUGGAGUUCUGUGGAGCUGGCUCGGUGACGGACCUGAUCAAAAACACCAAGGGCAACUCGCUAAAGGAGGACUGGAACGCUUACAUCUGCAGAGAGAUUCUCAGGGGUCUGGCUCAUCUGCAUCAGCACAAGGUCAUCCACAGAGACAUCAAAGGACAGAACGUGCUGCUGACUGAGAACGCCGAGGUCAAGCUAGUGGAUUUUGGCGUUUCGGCCCAGAUGGACAGAACGGUGGGAAAGAGGAACACAUUUAUUGGGACACCGUACUGGAUGGCGCCAGAGGUUAUUGCCUGUGAUGAAAACCCUGAAGCCACCUAUGACUGCAAGAGUGAUUUAUGGUCCCUGGGGAUCACAGCGAUAGAGAUGGCUGAAGGAGCGCCUCCGCUGUGUGAUAUGCACCCAAUGAGAGCCCUUUUCCUCAUUCCACGCAACCCAGCCCCCAGACUCAAAUCAAAGAAAUGGUCAAGGAAGUUCCAGUCGUUCAUUGAAAACACUCUGGUGAAGAGCCACAGCCACAGGCCCAGCACAGAGCACCUCCUCUUGCAUCCCUUCAUCACCGAGCUUCCCAACGAGAGACACCUCCGCAUCCAGCUGAAGGACCACAUCGACCGCACGAAGAAGAAGAGGGGAGAGAGGGACGAGACCGAGUACGAGUACAGCGGCAGCGAAGAGGAAGACGAAGAGAGGGAUAAAGGCGAACCAAGCUCCAUCAUCAACGUCCCGGGGGAGUCGACCUUGAGGCGAGACUUCUUGCGCCUCCAGCAGGCCAACAAGGAGCGCUCGGAGGCGCAGCGGCGGCAGCAGCUGGAGCAGAAGCAGAACGACGAGCACAAGCGCUUGCUGCUGGCCGAGCGGCAGAAGCGCAUUGAGGAGCAGAAGGAGCAGAGGCGGCGGCUGGAGGAGCAACAGCAGAGGGAGCGUGAGCUGAGGAAGAGGUUUGAGGAACAGGAGAAGAUCCGAAGGGAGGACGAGAGGAGGCAAGCGGCCAGAGAACAGGAGUAUAUCCGUAGACAGCUGGAGGAGGAACAGAGACAGUUAGAGAUUCUCCAGCAGCAGCUCCUACAAGAACAGGCAUUAUUGCUGGAGUACAAGCGUAAGCAGAUAAUAGAGCAGCGACAGGCGGAACUCCUGCAGAUGAAGCUCCAGCAGGAGAGAGCCUACCUGGUGUCUCUACAACAGCAGCAACAGCAGCAGCAGCAGGAGGGGAGGCAAGCGGAAAAGAAACCGCUUUACCACUUCAAGGAUGCCAGUCAUCCUAAUGACAAGCCUGCCUGGGCUAAGGAGGUCCAGAAGCAGCCAAAUGCUCCUGGUAAACCAUCUGCACAAGCACUUAAAAAUCUGCCCUCUAGAGAAAACAAAGUCCCUCAAAAAGCACAAAGAAGUCAAUCCUUCGGAGAACCCAGGGUCUCUGAAAAACCAAUUAGAAGAGCCCAUAAGAAGAUCCCCGAAAUAUGUGUUUCAGCAGAUGACUGGAUACCCCAAGAUAAACGGGUCACAAAUCAGAACCAGUUUAUGAACCAAAUUAAGAACAAUGCUGGCAAUGGGGCAUUCAAGAAUCCGAGAGGGAAACUCGAGCAGGCACCCAAAGAUCAGGCUAGUUCUGCAGACUCAAAGGUUUCAGGACAGGCCCAAACUCCACAGCACCCCAAAAUAUGUAUGUCAGUAGCACACAGUGCUGACAAAGAGCCUUUAGAAAAUCAGAUGGGAAGAGCCAGGCAACUGCCCAAAGAGACACUUGGAUCUGCAGACUCAAAUAUUGGAGCUCUUCAGCCUCAUCCUGAGGCUUUGGGACAGACUCAGACUCCACAGUCUGGAGCCUCUUCUAACUCGUGCCUAUUGGUGGAGGAGCGAUCUAAGAUGAACAGGCAGAGCUCGCCAGCGCUGCAGCACAAAGUGUCCCACCGCAUCUCCGACCCCUCCCUCCCUCCCCGCUCCGAGUCGUUCAGCAGUGGAGGCAUGCAGCCCACCCGCACCCCUCCCAUCCACCGCUCCAUUGAACCACAGAUGGCCCAUCUCAUUCCCGCCAAGGCCCACUCCGGCUCCGUGUCCGGCUCGCCGUCUCUCCAAGACCAGACGGGCUCGUCUCAGAGCGAGGGGGCUGGCGUGGCGUCACCGAAGCCCGAGACGCCCCGUCAAAACUCGGACCCCAGCUCUGACACCCCGGAACCCCAGCAGCACACCAGCAGCAGGGAGGAACGAGAUCGAGACAGGACCGCUUGGCUGAGGGAAGAGGAUAUCCCCCCCAGGGUUCCCCAGAGGACAACCUCCAUCUCUCCAGCCCUUGUUAGAAAGAAUUCCCCAAAUGGUGGUGUGGGUCUGGGCCCUCGCUCCGGUUCGCAGCUCAUACGGGCCAGUAAUCCGGAUCUGCGCCGCUCUGAGCUUUCCCUCGAUGCCAUGCUGCAACGAACGUCCUCGAACUCGUCGUCGUCGUCUUCUCCUUCGUCUCAGGGAGGCUCGUCCGAGAGGAGAGGCCAGACCAAGCAGGUCAGAACUCCUCCCGGAGCCAACGAAGAGGUCAAACCCAAACAGGAGGAAGGCCGGGAAUCAGCCAGACCCAGCAGACCUGCAAGCUAUAAGAAAGCCAUAGAUGAGGAGGAGCUGGACUUAAGCGCACUGGCUAAGGAACUUAGAGAACUGAGGGUAGAGGAAGGAAGUCGGCCUCCGGUCAAGGUCACAGACUACUCAUCCUCCAGCGAAGACUCGGAAAGCAGCGACGAGGACGGGGAGGUGCUGGGGCACGACGGGACCGUUGCCGUUAGCGACAUCCCCCGCAUCAUGCCGGGAGUCCAGAGCAGCUCUGAGUCGUACGGAGGGCUGGCUGAGGACGCUCUGGGAGACUCCUAUGACAGCUCCAGGGACAGCACUCUGAUGAUGAGAGAGGCCGAGGAAAGGAGGAGAGGCGGUCACUCCGAAAGCAAUGGUUUUGGCAAUCACAGUAACCAUGGCAACCUGCCCGACCUAGUGCAACAGAGCAACUCUCCCAGCUCCACACCCACCACGGCUCUGCAGGAACUGAGCGACAUGGCAGAGUUUGGUCUGAGUGGGUCCAAAGCGUCGUUUACUCCCUUCGUGGACCCACGCGUCUAUCAAACCUCCCCGAGCGAAAACGACGAGAGCUCGGCAGCAGCCAUGUUUGCCAACGAGCUGCUGAGGCAGGAGCAGGCGCGACUGAACGAAGCCAGAAAGAUCUCCGUCGUCAACGUGAACCCCACGAACAUCAGACCUCACAGCGACACGCCAGAGAUCCGAAAGUACAAGAAGCGCUUCAACUCGGAGAUCCUGUGUGCCGCGCUCUGGGGUGUGAACCUCUUGGUCGGGACGGAAAAUGGUUUAAUGCUGCUUGACCGAAGUGGGCAGGGCAAAGUCUACAACCUGAUUACGAGACGGCGGUUUUUACAGAUGGAUGUGCUGGAGGGUCUGAAUGUCUUAGUCACCAUCUCUGGGAAAAAGAAUAAGCUGCGUGUUUACUAUUUGUCCUGGCUGAGGAACAGAAUAUUACACAACGACCCAGAAGUCGAGAAGAAACAGGGUUGGAUCACUGUCGGGGAGCUGGAAGGCUGUGUGCAUUAUAAAGUUGUCAAGUAUGAGAGAAUCAAGUUCCUGGUGAUUGCACUUAAGAACUCGGUGGAAAUCUACGCCUGGGCACCAAAACCUUACCACAAGUUCAUGGCCUUUAAGUCGUUCACCGAGCUGCAGCACCGUCCUCAGCUGGUUGACCUCACAGUGGAGGAAGGCCAGAGGUUAAAGGUUAUCUACGGCUCUUGUGUGGGCUUCCAUGUCAUCGAUGUGGACUCAGGCAAUCCCUACGACAUCUACAUCCCCUCGCAUUGUUCCAAACACAUGAAGAUCCAGAGUCAGGUGAUGCCCCAUGCCAUCGUUGUGCUCCCUAAGACUGAUGGGAUGGAGAUGCUGUUGUGUUAUGAGGACGAGGGGGUCUACGUCAACACGUAUGGACGCAUCACCAAGGACGUGGUGCUACAGUGGGGGGAGAUGCCUACCUCUGUUGCCUAUAUCCAUUCGAAUCAGAUUAUGGGCUGGGGCGAGAAAGCCAUAGAGAUCCGCUCCGUUGAGACGGGUCAUCUGGACGGCGUGUUCAUGCACAAGAGAGCCCAGAGACUUAAAUUCCUGUGUGAGAGGAAUGAUAAGGUAUUCUUUGCGUCGGUGCGUUCAGGAGGUAGUAGCCAGGUGUUCUUCAUGACCCUCAACAGAAACUCGAUGAUGAACUGGUGACCUUCCUCUCUGUCCACGCUGCCUCGCCCUCCCACUGGCCAGUACGACAACCCCGUUGUUUCUCCUGCGGGCUAAUGCACGACAAAUGAAACAAACCCAACCGACCCGGAUCGUCGCGAAUGGACUUUUUUUUUGCGCUCUAAAGACAAAUGCUGAAUAGGAAAAAAAAAAAGAAAGAGUUCCAGAAGAGACUAAAUAUCCUAGAUUGAUCUGGGUCACGGAGAAGCCAUUGUUACUUAACUGACUGGCACUGACUUUCCACAUUUCCUCUUUUUUCGUCUUUUCCUUCCCUGUUGUCUCUUGGACCAGUGGAUUUAAGAGUUUAGCUCUUCACACCUGCCUCCUCCUACCAAUCCUAUCUCCCCAUCGUCCAACUGCCUUGACUUCUGUUUUCCUCUCAUCCAUCUAAAGUGAGCUCAUCCCCAGAGAGCUCUGAAGGCCUUUGAUCAAAUCCGAAGAUGUCACUAUUGGAAAGGCAGCACCGAGACAAAGCUGAUGACAGGACUGCAAAUUUAGUCUGAAUGUCGGUAAUCAAAGCUGACAGCCUGUUGGAUUUUCCCUCACAUCCUCUCUCGCUUCCUCUCUGCUCCAUCGUUCUGUGCUCUGACCGAACUCCCUUCUGAUUUCACGAUCGAUCACAUUUCUCCUGACAGAGGCAUCGGUGCGCUCUGCUGUGAAAUGGGUCGCAACAAUAUGCAAUAUGUUCUCUUUCUCCCUUUAGCAUGAAAUCACCGGUCCAUAUAGCUAUCUUCUUCUGUUCCUUCUUCUUCUUCUCCUCCACUCUUCAUCCCUCUCUGUACUUUUUAAACUCUGAAGGUGCUGCAUCAGAUUUACUGUAAUCUUAAAUGAACAAAAAGGGGCCUGGGCGGGAACCAUUCUGUUUUCAUUCUGCGGAAGAUUUCGGAGUUGGUGAUUCCUUAAUGUUGGUGGAAACAUACAGCACAUCUGAGUCUUUGAAAUCAGGAUUGCGUGCGUGCGUGCGUGCGUGCGUGCGUGCGUGCGUGCGUGCGUGCGUGUGUGUGUGUGUGUGUGGGCGUGAGCGCGUGUGUGUGUGUGUGUGUGUGUCUCUCUCUAACUUGAUACGAAAGUUUAAAUCAAGCCAGAAUCAAAGCCAGACGUUGAUGUCAAUGUCAGGCUGCAGUAUUUCAAUCUUUCACCCGACGCGAUAAAAAAAAUUAAAAAUAAAAAAAACAUUGAGUUUGUUUACAUGCACAGAUGUUACAUUAUUUCAUAGUGUAAAGUUUAUGAGUUUCUGCAUCUGAGCAGAGCGCAUUUAAAGAAUGCAAUAUGCAGAAUGAUUUUGUGGGGAGAUGGGGGAAGUUUGUUUCUUUUCCUUUUUUUAAUAAGGUGGUUGUUGUUGUUGUUGUUUGGUUUUGCUUAUCCUGAACUCGGCCUCAACAGGGUCUGAGCUGCUGUCCCCAACUACUGUGUGCAUGUGUAAAGCAUUCACUACUGAACACUGUGGGAUCCUUUUAAAUCGUGCUCCGCCUCCGGUUGGCUCAUCUGAUUUCGGCCCCUAGAUAUUUGUACAGUGCCGAGCAUGAUGUAAGCGAAACUUAAAAAUGGAAGCCAAAUGGGCAGAAAGGAUUACUGAUCACUUUUUAACUACUGUCUUGUUUUUAUUGUUAUUGAUGUCUGUUUGUUUUUAUUUACCUCCAAUAGUGAUUUUUACUGUUUUGGGGGGCAGUUUUUAUUUUAACGUAACACAUUGCUGAUUACCAUUUUGUCUUCACGGACAGAGAUAUGCAUUAAUAAAUUUAAGUCUAAUUUUCUUUUUUUUUUGGAAAGCAUUUUUUUUCUCCCCAAAAUAUCAAGCACAUCAUAAGUAUGGUACAGAUGUUGAUUUUCUUUUCUUUUUUUUUUUUCUUCUUUUUUUUUACCGAUUUUACAAGAUAAUGCAGAUAGUUCUGGAGCUGCUGGAGUAACCGGAGGAUCUUUUGCCAUAUCUUGCAUUUCGGAAUAAAGUUACUCCUAAGCAGGAUUUUAAAUCAUUAUCUUGAAUUGAAAUUGCUUUCGAGUUUCACCAUCGCAUUCAGUGAGAUCCUCGUAUUUAUACUGUGUUUAUAAGAUUAGCAGAUUUACCUCAAAAGUGCGUCGGGUUUGCCCAGAUUAUUAUUUUUUUUUAAUUCAUCUGAAAUUGUCCCACAUCUAACGUAAUCUACUGUCCCAGAAUUUGUGAGUGAAACACACUAUGCAUACUGAAUGUACAUUCGGUACACAUUUAUCUAUUUCCACUUUAAUAAGGUUAAGAAUUAUUUGAUCACUUGGGGGGAGCACAAAGGGCAUAGUAUAAAUUAUUAAACUUUUAAAAAUGUGUAUUUUGGAUAUUGGGUUCACUGUAAGGUCUGCAAGAACCUUACAACUUUUCAUUUAGACCUCUCUUUGAGUCACUUUACUCCUGCAAACAGCCGUAAAUUGUUUUAUAGGGUCAACAAAAGGGAUGACAAGAUAUUAACUCAACCAUAAUUUUUUGAAGUGCAUUUCUUUCCCCCUUUUGAAAUCUUUUUAGUGUGUUGAAGGAUACUUUUUUUUUUUUUAAGCAUUUACACCGUAGCUGUUUUCUGUCCGGCUGCAAGCUGCAUUUCGCUGAUCUGAGCAGGCUGAGGUUUUAGCAAUAAAGCGCCGAGCUACAGACGGUCUUCCCUGGGAUGCACACGCUUUGGUCGAGCAUAAGCAAAGCGCAUUCAUUGCAUUCAAAUCUCUUCUUUCAAAAACCAGAACCGCUGUAGUAGACUUUUAACUGUUCAGUUUGUUGUUUUUUGUUUUUUUUAAAAUCAUUUUUCAAAAGAGCAUUUACUAAUGUCCUGUUUUCAGGGGAUUGAUUUGUUUAUUUUUUAAAAGCAAUGAUGGAAAAGAGAAAUAAAAGAGACUACCAUAACAGGA